UGUCAAUCUUUUAAAUGGAGUCAAAAAUUGAAAAGUCUAAUUCAUUUUCAAAAGCGCUAAAGAAUACGGAGUUCACCAUUGAAGAAUAUUUGAAAACUGUGUUUCAAGAAAAACUAUUGGUUAAUGCUCCUGCAGAUGAAGACAGAAACUUAACUAAUUCUACCAAACUUCUAGAAAAAUAUAAAGAGCUAAAAAAUGUCCAGAGCGCACUUACGGCCAAAAAAGAAGAGUUUAGGGUUAAAAUGGAAUGUAUGCAAAGACGAAGAGAGGACCUUGAGAGAAAGGAGUGUGAACUUAAAGAAUCACUCAUAAAGUUUGACCAGUUCUUCAAAGAUAAUGAUGGAAAAAGAGUAAGAGCGACGAAAAAAAUAUCAGCAGAAAAGGGCUUACAACAGCAAAAGCAAACUGAAAUCAAUAUUCUGAGUGAUGAUAUUGCAAGAUUAACCAAAAUGCGUGAAAAGCAAGAAAAAAAGGUCAAGUCGCUUGUUAAAUAUCGGCUUUUUCUGGAGUCCGUCGUUAAAAUGUCCGAUGAAUUUUCUGACAUUUAUGAGCUCAUAUCACGGUACGAUGCUCUGAAAGCCAACUUAGAAGAUUUGAAAAGUUUAGAUUCAAAAACACAGAAACUUAUAGACAGCAAAAGCAGCGAAAUUGUUCACUUUAAAAAGACAAAACAAGAUGAAAAACUCUCUCUAACUAACGAAAUAGCUGAGCUUCGUAAUCACUUGGAGUUGCAACAAGUGAGUGGGAGAAAUAAAGAGACUCAGUGGGAGCACACAAGAGACUUAGCUGCUAAUCGCAUUUACGAACUUAGCACCAUAGUUAUAGCUGUCGCUAAUAUGUAUACUAUCGUGCGAUCACAUCAAAAGUAUGGCGAAUCGGCCAAGCCUAAUGAAACUUGUAAACAACUAAGAGCAAUUAAAACUUUUAUUCAAACGUUGAUCAAGAUAAUCGAGGAGGUAACACAAAAACAGUAACGAUGCCGAUUAUCAUAUUUUAUCAAAUAUUACCUACCAUGCAAAAUAAAUAAUUGUUUAUGUUUGGUUUGAACUGUUCCCAACGUUUUUAAUCCUACAGGUGUUUGUUUUCUGCCUUUUAUGAUUACAAAAUUGUGCUGCUGUUACGUCAGGUUGAAGAAGUUUAAGUAUAAAAUAACACUAACAUGAGUCUACAGAGAUCUCUUGUACAGCCUGGUGUUAGAAUAUUCCAUGGAUGAAAUGCUAUUUAAACCCUGGAUAGAACUUGAGUUAAUCAAAAGAACUACUGGACUGCAAUUGAUCAGGCACUUAUUGGCAUAUGUGCAUCCUGUGUGGAUUGCCUCGAUAUUAAAUUAAUGCACAAGCAUUAUAAAUAACAGUGGAUGGUAGCUGGCAGUGGAAUCCAGAACGUGAACUUCGUCCUAUUUGAGACUCAUCAAUUCGAUGUACCUGCAUCCCAGAGUUGAUGUUCAAUUUUAGAUAAUAAAGUGAUGAAUCAUCAAAAUUCAUCUCUAUUUCAAAUCACUUGUUUUGUUUUACCUGAAAGAAUUCACUAAAUAUCUGAGCUUUAUGCAUAUAAACAAGGAGAGAGAGAGUGAGAGGUGUAUAUAAUCCACUAAUUUUUUUUAAUGUAUAUAUAGGUAUUACUUUAUCUACAUUUGAUUCCUUAUUUAAAAACAAAUUGUAGUCAAAAUUGAAAUUACUCAUCUAAAAUUGGAUAGAAUCCUAAAUUUUAGACAGGAAAUAUCUGUGUUACAUUUUGUUUAAAAUAAAAUGUUUAUUUACUGUUACAAAACUUUUUAAAACUUUUUUAUUUGAUUUUUUUUAAUAUGAAAAGGAUCACUACAUAAGUUAACCAGUUGUUUUAAUUUCUUUAAUCAUUUUAUAACAUGUAUACACUUCAACUUAAAUGUUAUAUGAAUGUAGUAAAUUUUCAUGAUAUGUUUAUAUAGAUGUAUACGAGUAAUUUUGUCCGUAUUUCAUUUCAUAUACUUGACUGUAUGUUUGAGAUGUUAUUUUUUUAACAAGUUAGUUGAAACUUGACAUAUGUGGCGUUUAAAAAGAGUCUCUUUAUUAAAAAAAUUCCGUGAAGAAAAUUUGGUUGAAAUGAUUUUGUUUUGAUUGAAUGAAGAUCAUAAAGUACUAUAUAAUUGUUGCAUUGUAUUCGAACUCUC